AUGCAUUUCACCAGCUUCUUCUCCCUACUGGCUGCUCCAGCCAUGGUCCUCGCGACCCUCGACCCUGCGACCUCCAACACAAAGGGGAAAAAACCGUCAUCUACCAACUGCUCCGCUACCAAGGUCUCCAAGGCCAUCCAGGCGGCUGAGUGUUCCCACAACACCCGCGUGUCCGGAACGCAGACCUUCGCCGUCUUCGUCACGGACCACCAGUACGACAGCAGCCACGGCGCACCCUAUGGAACCUGCAGCGCCUACACUUGCGAGUCGCCCACGGACUCGGAAAUGGAGGCGGAUGAGGACAGCUGGACUUUCUUCUGGAGUGGUGAGGGAGAGUCCAGCGGAGAGGGUGCUGGCUGCAUCAAGUCUCCUGAUGAUGGUACCUGCGGAUGUGAGAACUCUGACGGCACCUUCGUUUAUGGCAGCGACAGCUGCACAUAA